AUGUCCGUCCAGCUCAUCAAUUCCCAUUCCUCCAACUACACUAUCACCCACCACCUGCUGCAACCCGGCCUCUCUGAUGGGCAUCACGUGAAGCCGUUCACCAUGUCCGCCCCUUCCCUGGCAACCAUCGCACCCGAGUUGAGGAAUUACAUCUAUUCCCUGGUCUUCCACAGCGACUUCGCAGUCACUCUCGGUGCCGGUGGUGACAUUCAGCCGGGCUUGACCCGAACCAAUCGAUUCUUCCGUGGCGAAGCAUUGCCGAUGUACUUUGGGACGACGACGUUGAAUGCCCAUUUCGUGAACAACAUCGAUGCGUUGUUACACCUCUGGCAGGCACUGGGAGCAGACCUGGUCUUGUCCAUGAAAGAAGUCCGUCUUUGGAAUAUCCACAAUCUCGUGGGGAAAUUCUUCGGAGAAGCCUCGACCCAACAUAUGCUGAGCUCCAGGCUCGGAAAUGGCAUGAGAUACGUCCUGCGCCCGAUCGGGGUGUUCGUCCUCAACGACAAUGCCGAUUUGCUCAUGAGCUCCGCCCUGCGUAAGAUCGUCAUCGCACUGGGCCGGGUCGGGCUGACCAUCCAGCGAUUCUGCAAAGUCGAUGCUGACGGGCGAAAGGUUCAGGACAUGUCCGAGUAUGCGAUCGUGCCGCAGAGCAUCCCCGACGAUGCGACCGACGAGGAGAUCCUCUCGUUCCAGAUCGGCCUGAACGAAGCCACCCGCCGGAAGGUGCUUGCGCGCGUGCUGGGAGGCGAACAGGUCUUGCGUCUGCGCAAGGACGAUCGGAUCGCCCUCCUCUUCCUUUCAGAUCGCUUCGGAUUGAGAGCCUUGAAUCAGAUCCGCCCGCCCGAGUUCGCCGACGACGAAUGGUCGGAAUUGAUGCUUGUGGACUGA